AUGAGGUGCAUGCACCUGGACGACGCCUUGGGCGGAUACGGCCUGCACACGUCGUUUCCUGAACUCGGUCUCGAGAAGGGCUACAGGCUCAUAGAGGACGGCAACUUGCACGACGUUCAUGCCCUCAAAGACGCAGAUGUUCCGAUCGACCUUACAUUUUUCAACACAACUGUAAAUAUGGGGUUGAACCUCAUAUGCCCUCUCUUUCGGAUUGCAGGGUUUACAUACUCAAUGAUACACUUGGACGCUAUGCACAUCCUAGAUCUGGGAACCAGCCAGUACCUCAUCGGGGCCAUUUUUCUUCUCAUGGUGAAGAAGAACUUUGCUAGGCGAUUGAGGGUCUUCUACAAGAUGAACCCCAGAACUGGUAGUGGAGUUAGGUCAAGGAUCGACAAGAUCAGCCUGAAGAUGUUUUCUAAGGGACGGUUGCAGGCGAAGGCGGCAGAGACAAAGCAUCUUCUGCCAUUCGCGCAGCUGCUUCUGUCAGAGAACCAGUCCCUCCUGUCUGAUAAGGACAAGCUGCUGAAUAUGGCGUGCACUGAGCUCGUCAAACUGCAUGACGUCAUGGCAGCGAAUCCUCGGGUCAUGACCGAGAGCGCCGCUAAGAGCCUCCAGCGACACAUGUUGCGUUUUUUACGGUUUUGGCACAGCUGGGGGGGACACGUGGUGUUCAAACACCACAUGUCGGUGCACCUUGUUGCGAAUGCUUUGAAGCAUGGCAACCCAAAGUUUUACACGUGCUACCCCGACGAGCGGUUCAACCGAGUCAUGGGGCGCGUUGCAAAGUCAGUGCACGGUGGUUCUACGUUUUACAGCACAAUGCUGGGAAAAAUUAUUCCUUCGCGGUGCUGA